AGUAAAUUAUUAUGAGCAACUCAAAACACUUUUUUCUUAUGAAGCGCCACCGACGCCAGCUGUUUCCGUCGUCUGCGCCUUAUAAUUAACGGCCCUUUGAAAGCAACCUAUGAGCUCCACUAUACACAGAUUGGAACACCACAGCGAGAAAAAGCGACCUCCGGGACCUCAAUCUGCGAUGGAAGAUCUCCGAUCCAGGUCAUACGGCGAUGGAAGAAUGCAAAUACAGAGCUAUUAUGGUGCCGGAGAUAUGGGUCCCAUUUCAUCGUCCGGUGUCAGUAACAUGCAAGAUCUCAGAUGUUAUAGCGCCUCCUAUGCAUCCUCCGUCUACCCAACACAAUCGCAAGCCCAAACCCAGGUCGGCAACAACGAUGUUCGGUUCAAAAAGGGCAAGUCUGCAAAUGGGUCUGUUUCUAAGAGCUGGAGUUUCAAUGAUCCGGAGCUGCAACGAAAGAAGCGAGUCGCUAGCUAUAAGGUUUACAGUGUAGAAGGGAAAGUUAAAGGCUCUUUCAAAAAGAGUUUCAGGUGGCUCAAGGACAGGUACACUAAAGUUGUUCAUGGAUGGUGGUGACUGCUGACUCUUCACCUUAAUUCUGUUGUUAUCUUAUCUUUUAUGUUCUUUUUUGUGACUUCUAAGUUGUGUACUGUAUGAAAGUUUUGAAAUUUCUUCGUGAUAAUGAAUAAUUCUUUGUUA